AUGAAUUUUAUAUUGUUUAUUUUUUUAUCUGGGGUUUUCACCCCAGAGAUUAGUGGUAUAGAGCCCCCUUAUGAAGAGCAUGAGAUGACGCCCAUACCUGAGCUGCCUGUGGCUGAAAAUCCCCAUACAAUGGAAGAAGAAAAUAAGGAGCAUACUCCUGAGAAAACCGGCGAUUAUUAUAAAGAUGUAAAACAGUAUGUCUUCACAACACAAAAUCCAAAUGGUACACAGUCUGAAAUAUCCGUGAGAGCAACAACUGAUCUGAAUUUUUCUCUGAGAAACUAUAAACUCGUCAAUGAAACAACUACGGUGCCACCUCCUGAAGUAGUCAGCCAUGAAGAAAGUAAAGAACCUUUUGGAAAAACUACUCACAAAGGAACCCAGAGUCCAAAUGAGCCUGCAUUUUGGACAAUGUUAGCUAAAGCUAUAAAUGCAACCACCAGUGAGGACAACCAACGAGAUCAAUUUUUUCACCCAAUUCCAAACUCUGAUGUGAAUGCUACAGGGGAAGACAACACGGCAAGAAUACAGGAAGCCAAGUUAAAACUAAUGCUGGGCAUCUCACUGAUGACCCUCUCCCUUUUUGUGGUCCUCUUGGCGAUCUGUAGUGCCAUGCUGUACAAAAUGAAGAUGAUGAAAUAUAAACAAGCAUGUCAGACUGGUGAAUACUCCGUCAACCCAGAACUGGCCACCCUAUCUUACUUUCAUCCAUCAGAAGGUGUAUCAGACACAUCGUUUUCUAAGAGUGCUGAGAGCAGCACGUUUUGGGGCACCACUUCUUCAGAAUUAAAGAAAUCAGACACAAGGUCAAAAUCUAGGAUGACAGACAUGACUUCCAUGGCCUCAGAGGAGAAUGAGGAGCCAGACAUGAUUCAGAGUGAGGAGCCCAGCGAGGAGCCCACAGAUGAUUAG